AUGAAAUCACAAAAGUUCAAGACAAAGUCUAAGAAAUCUACUCGCUGGCAGCUGGGAGAGGACGUCGCCGGGAUUAUCAGUGGGCAAUUUUUCCGCAGAGUGGAAGUCGACGAGCUUCUGACGCCAGAUCAGCUUCAUGCAAUACGGGCUGAGAGAGAUGCUCAAGCACGACCACGCCGAUCGAGCGACACUCUGAGGACCAUCAGCACCGACGACAGCGAGACGGCGGUCGAGCCGUUCCACCUCCAGGACCUCCCUUCUCGGAUAGGAGCGGCGGGGGUGGAGACGGCGGUGCCACGUGCUGACGUGGUUGUACCACUCGACCUCCCCGGUUUAGCAGAGGGACCGGGAUUCACCUUGAAGAAGAAGUCGUCACGAAGGAAGAAGCCCGUGACCAAGGAAGAGUACGAGGCCGAAGCCAACGUGCCCCCUCCACCGGCCAAGAACCCGGCAAGGUUUCUGGCCCGGCCGCAAGCGCCUCUGUUGCCGACGAUUCCUGAAGUCGUCGUCACGACACCAGAGAUCGGGAGAAGCCUAGCUGACAAAAGCAACAAAUCGGCAGAACGAUACUUCGCCCCGGUGGACGAAGACGACUUUGUCUUCUUCCAAUCUACAAACUACACUUUGAAUCACCCUGCAAUCCGACAUGGGCAUAUUCGCUUUCCCAAAUCGGAAGUCAAGGGAAAGAGGUUCGAUCCUGAUGACACACUUGACUGGACCGCCUUCCAGAUGGCUAUUCUUGGGGGGCGGGAUACCUGUUCUCCGACCCGACCGACUUGUCGCAACCCUCAGAGAAUGAAGAGGCUGCCGACCUGGCUGCCUGCGGCUCCUCCCAACCUACACAUCAGCGCACCGGCGGACAGCGAAUUGCCCAUACCUGUUAGGGCGGAAUACCCCACAGGCUUCUGGAACGAGGGCAGCGUCAACGCGUCCAAAUUUUCGACGACAGAGUGCGGCAUCCGGCGGUGGACGUUGGAGGGCCAUCCCAAACGAUACAACCGCGAGAGCGUCGAGACGCUGCCGCCCAGCCCGAUGAUGGACCUGGUCAUGAUGAGGGACUCCAGUGGCGAGGUAGAGGUGGUGCCGAUGGGGUAUAAUUUAGGACAUGACCUCGAGGAUUUCCUGAGGUGGGAGGCAGAAAAUGUCUGCGCAAUAGGGGUUUAUUGA